UCGCUACUGGCUCUACAUUGUUCACUGACCCUCGUUAUUGAUGGCCUGCUUGAACCUCAGCAAUGUGCAAUCAGUCAGCCGUACUCAAACGUCUCUGGCUGCGAAGCAGCGCCUGCCACUAGAGGUUCAGGAACGCGUCCUAGACUUUGUUGCUGGGUCGAUGGACAGUCGCGAGACGAUGAAAGCAUGUAUAACAACAUGCAAAGCUUGGACUCCACGCUGUCGCUUCCACCUUCUGUACGAAGUGCACCUACGCAGCCGGCAGGAGGUGUUUUCGUUUGCCAGGCUCCUGGAUUCGAAUCCUCAUUUCCGCAACGAGGUUGUCUAUGCUCAUAUCGGGUCGCGGGAAGGAACACCACAGCCUAUCGAGUACGUGGAGUCCUUCGCGGCUCGAUUUGCGGGAAAGCUGCCUGCGGUACAUCAUCUGAUGAUACGCAAUGCGGAAAUGAAGCCGACCAACCUUCGCCUGGAUAGCCACCUCCACUUCUCCAGCUUCGUCUCGCUCAGAGAGCUCUCGUUGAUGGGAAUCCUGUUCCGGACGCCGACGAUGUUUCUUCGCACCGUGUGCUGUUUUCCUGGGGUAACCCUACUCCAGUGCACGGAUGUAGACAUACAGGAGGAACACCGGCCUGGCCUUCAUCCAGUCACUGUUCCUAGCAUCCGGCAUCUAGGCGUGGAUGGGAGCUCACCAUCAAUUGAAAAAGUCAUUCAUACCUUCGUCAGCGGAUCGCUCUCGGUCGCCCUCCGUACUAUCGUCCUUGGAUAUCGCACCGCAGUUCCUCUCCAAGAGCUCACAGGUGUGGUCCAGCGCCUAUUGGAUGCUGCUGGCCCAUCUCUCCGCACGUUCAGUUCCGUCGUCGACGAGACCAAGCUCAAGCUCGACGAACGCAUUGAGCAGUAUAUCAACUUUACACCAAACACGCGCCUGGAGCGCAUCAUCAUCCGCAUUCCUGUCAAAGACCAACCUAUCCUCUCGUGGAUCUCUCACGUACUCUCUUCCAUCACCUUUGACAGUGACGGGGAAGUAUGCCUGAUAUUUAACGUCGAUGCUGGAGACAACACUCCUCUAGUCUUACAAAGUUUGCUCAUUCGGCUUCAAGACUCGGUCUGCUCUGAGAUCGAAGCUGUCAUGUUUCUGCCCGGAUUCACGAAGCUCAAAAGGCUUUCCGUCGAGCUCUAUAUCGUGCCGUGGAACAUAGCGCUUUCCCAGACCGCCUGGUCAGAAACCAUCAUGACGGCAAUGCCUCGACUCCAUGCACGGGGAAUAUUGUACCCGUGCAUGCGGGUGUUUAAUACCUAUUCGAUGACGGAUCAACGUUCAUUGCUACGCAGCGGGGUAUCAAUCAUACCAGGUUCCAGCGCGGCUGAGACCCUUGGCCGGAUCUCCCGCCUCAAUGACGGGCACACGGAAAGCUAAGGGUUUAGCGGCGAGAUCUUACUAGUAGAACCUCUUCCGAUACUAUGCGGGGCAAGCUAGGUACGGGCUGUCCAAGGUUGGCAAAUAUCACGUUGCUAAUGCGCCGUGACGAUUGUCAGGAGUGCACACCACAUCGCAACCGUUUCCGGCUCUUCAGCCUCUCGAUUCUCCUGUGUUACCAGCCGAAGGCUUACGUUGGGCAGCAUCAGCUUGGGUAUCUGUAUCAGUAAUCAACGUCAUUAUGGGUACAUUAUAACAUUGGGAAAAGAUUGGUCUCACCAACUUCCGAUUCAUCCCAUAGAGAGGU